AUGUGCAGUUGCUUCAGAGGCCUAUGGCGCCUGUUUUGCGGCGGCGGCCCCGCGCGGCGCGGCGACAAGGACGCUGAAAACCACCAGGAAUGGGGGCGCGGCGGCGUGGCGGGGGCCGACGACAUCGAAGCGCGGGAGCGGCUGCUUUCCAACGGCGACGCCGACUCUGGACGGGCGCCGGUGCAGCGGCCUGCCAGCCGGAAAGAAAGCUUCGCCCUGGAGGGCGCGGCGGGCGCCGACGGGCCCGCAGUGGAGGACGUGCCGCUGCCGGCGCCACUGGCCGCACGGCCGCGAUCCGACAGCAAGCAGCAGCAGCAAGCCCCGCGCGGGGAGCCGCCCUCGGCGCGGCUUUCCAAGGGCGGCCUGAAUGCGAUAAGCGCCGCCGCCGGCGACACCGGCCGCGCGGUCACCGUCAUGCGGCACGGCCACCGACAGGAUGAGCUGGACGCGACGUGGUCGCGCGUCGCCACGCGGCCGUGGGACCCGCCGCUGUCCAUCAAGGGCCGCUCCCAGGCGCGAGAGGUCGCGGCUGCCAUGAGGGACCUGAACAUUGACAUUAUUGUGACGUCACCCUUUAAGCGCUGCCUGCAGACCAGCGCUGAAAUCGCCGCAGAACUGGGGACGCCCCAGGGGGCGUGGCUGGUGGACUGGGGCCUGUCGGAGGUGUGCGACCCCCGGGUGCUCAUGCACGGCCGCCCCGACUGCGUGCACAUGGCCAAGCGACGGCCGGUGGACGCCUGGAUGUGGGGCGGCGCCACGAUGCAGGAGGCCAUUGACAUGUUCGUGCAGUCAUGCGUAGAGCAGCUGCCAGCCCUGUCGAUACGGCCCGUCCCGCGCCCAGGGUCCCAGCCGCCGCCAUACCCAGAGGCGCUGGAGGCGGGGCUGCAGCGGUACGGGCGUACAGUGCAGCAGCUGGUGUGGGCCUUUCCCGGGAAGAACCUGCUGGUGGUUUCACAUGGGGAGUGUGUGAGGGCCGUGGUCAAUAUGAUGGAGCCCAAGUGCGAGAUUUUUGAGGUCCGCCACGUGGGCUACGCAGUCCUGCAAUACAAUGACCCCGCCACUGCAGCAGAAGACGGCCACCGCGGCUGGAAGCUCGCAUCCUCGGAAGGCGGCGAGACAGGCGUGUUCUGGCUGUGGGAGGACAGCUGA